AUGCCAGAAUCAUCACAAACUGCAUCAUCAUCAACAACAGCAGGUGCAUCAGCAACAACAGGUACAACAGGAAUACCAUUAACAAAUUUUAAUUAUUAUUUUUUACUUAAAACGGAAAAUAUCGAACCAUUAAUAGAUAUAGUGAAUCGAAUUAAUAAAGAAAUUAAUGAUAAUCAAAAUUUAAUUCAUUCAUUAUGUUUACAAAUUGAUAAUCAUGGAAAAUUUCCCGAUACCAUAGCAUCAAGUACUAAUACCAACGACAAUUCUUCAACUUCAAUUGAUGAUCCAUUACGUUAUUUACUUGAAGAGAAAUAUAACAUAACCCGGAGUCCAAAUCUUAGUCUGACCAAUACUACUACUAAUCUUGAAGAUUAUAAACAAUCAUUAAUCAAUGACAUAACUCAAUUACGUCAAUUACAACAAAGUAAAAAUUUAAAAAAUCGACAAUUUUUAUCAAUAAUUGAAGAUUAUGAACAAGAAUUAAAUACAUUUAUAUUACCAAAUUUAAGAAAUUUAAUAAUCAAUAAUUUAGAUUCAAAUAAACAUCAAAAAUCAAAAAAAUCAAAAACAUCAAAAGAUAUUUUAUUAAUUAGAAAACAAUUUUUCAUGAUUGAAAAAUUAAUUUAUGAAAAAUAUGAAAAAUAUAUAAUUCGAUUAUGGAAAUUAAUUAAAUUUAUUAAAUUAUUGAAUAAAUUUAUGAUUAAAUUAAAACAACAACAAUUAAAACAAAAACAAUUGGAAAUGAUUCAAGAAGUUAAAGAAUUGAAAUUACAAUUACAAGAAAUCAAAUAA